UGUGUUUACUUGCCAACAGAUUCUCCAGCUGUGCGUUGUCAGCUCUCACAGGGCGGACUGUGCUCCCCAGUACUGCGCUGCGAAGGCAAAGGUGACUUUUAAAAUGAGCAUCGAUUUGAGACGCUACAUCCCUGCCAUUCUGGUAGCGCUGGCUGUGUCUUCAUCCAUCGUCCUCAUUCUCAGCCUGGUGAGGAUCCAAAAUGUUUCCUUUGCACCUAACAACAAGUACGGGAUGGUGUUCGAUGCAGGCUCAUCCCACACCUCUCUGUUCGUCUACCAGUGGACAUCUGACAAAACGAAUGACACCGGAGUGGUCACCCAGACGUUAUCCUGUGAUGUCCAAGGACCUGGCAUAUCGAGCUACGCCAAUGACCCUCCCAAAGCUGGUGUGUCCCUCCGGAGCUGUCUAGAGGACGCCCUGAAGGUCAUUCCUGAUGAGAGACAGAGGGAGGUACCAGUAUACCUUGGAGCUACAGCAGGCAUGAGGCUGCUGAGCAUGGAAAACAAGUCAGCUGCAGACCAGGUCCUGAAUGAAGUCGCUAAGACCAUACAACAGUAUCCUGUGAAUUUCCACGGGGCUCGGAUUAUUACAGGGGAAGAGGAAGGAGCCUAUGGCUGGAUCACCAUCAACUAUCUGCUGGACUCCUUCACCAAGCAGUACUCUCCCAAACAACGUGACUGGAUCCAUCCUCAGUCAGCCAAGAUCCUGGGUGCACUGGACCUUGGAGGAGCAUCAACCCAAAUCAGCUUUAUCCCCAUUGGUCCAAUAACUGACCAGACAAAAGCCUCUAAGUUCAGGCUCUAUGGGUUUACCUACACUAUCUACACACACAGCUAUCUCUGCUAUGGACAGAAUCAGGCGCUGAAACAGCUGAUCCUGAAAAUAACAGAAAACAUGAGGGCCCAGGGCUCCAUUAACCACCCCUGCUACCCUGAAGGAUACCAGGAAACUACCACAGCAGCUUCCAUUCACAGCAUGCCCUGCACUGCCUCUCAUGCACAGACCCCGUCCCAAGCCUCCUGGAACGCCACACUGGUGGGCACAGGGAAUGCCUCCGAGUGCCGUAUGGCCAUCAAACAGAUCUUCAACUUCACGGCAUGCGGCCAGAAGGAGUCCUGCACAUUCGAUGGGAUCUACCAGCCCCCGGUCAACGGGGAAUUCUUUGCCUUCUCUGCCUUUUACUACACCUUCAGCUUCCUCAACCUGACCAGUGGCCAGCCCCUGGCCAUUGUCGAGGACACUGUCCAGAAGUUCUGUGCGAGAAACUGGACAGACUUGAAAUCCAGCUACCCCAAAGAGAAAGAUCAGUGGCUGCGAGAGUACUGUGCCAGUGCCAACUACAUCCUGGUGCUCCUGCUCGAUGCCUACAAAUUCAACCAAACCAGCUGGAGCAGCAUCAAGUUCCAGAUGAAGGCAGCAAACACGGACAUUGGCUGGACGCUGGGCUACAUGCUGAACCUCACCAACAUGAUCCCGGCGGAGGCUCCGGAGCAAGUGAAAGGGCAGCAGUAUGGGCUCUGGGUCGCUGCCAUUUUUUUCAUUGUCCUGACUCUGGCUUUCUGCCUCGUUGGCUUGCUCAUACACAUCCUGUGGUAGGAGUCAUUCAGCAGGAGCAGAUGGCCAGGGCUUCAGCACCUCACACCCUCCACUAAUGAGAGGCCUUAGACACCCUGUUAAAUGGAGACUUGAGGGGUGGGCACCCACGGAACAUAACUGACCCUACAGCAAGAUUUAAACUAGGCCCUACAUCACAUGAGGAGUGGGAGCCACUACCCCCUGAGGCUGGAGUUUUCAAGGUAUUUAGCCACCUAAAGAUGCUGAUAGGUACCUAGUGGGAUUUUUUUCAAAAGCAUUUAAGUGCCUAACUUAAAUUUUUUCACACAACUCACAGUCAAUCUGUGGAACUCUUUGCCAGAGGAUGUUGUGAAGG